UAGUCAAAAUAAAUAAGUCACUAGUCUAGUGACUAGUCUAACUCAGUUCAGUAACUCUAGAUUCUAGUUACAUUCUAGUAGAUGAUCUACAAAAAAUAAUCUACAUCUAGACUAAUCUAGAGUCUACAUCUAUGAUUAAUUAAUGAUUGACGAUCUCUAGAGUCUAGUCUAGAUUUGUUGGGAAGUACCAUGAAACGGUCCAAUCUCCAGAGUGUCAACCACAAUCAAGAUUGUGCCAAAAAACUUAAAACUAUACAUCUACCAGAAGAAGGAAAUUCAUUCAUCCUAGAAACGUUGUCUCAACAUCAUGACAAGCCCUUCCCUUUUUUCAAGGAGCCAAAAGAAAUUGGAAGUUUCAGUAUUGAUGAAAAAAGGCAGUUCCAGAAUGAUAGAAGACAAUUGCGAAUCUAUACUCCUCCUUCCAACAUGAAGAACUGCCACUUUGAUCUCAGAUUAGGUUAUUCAUCAAUGAUUAAGAAAGAUGAAAGCAUUUACAAUUAUCUAAAUAAUUUGUUAAGCUGGAUUAUGUCCAACAAACAAACAGUGACAAAUCUUCCUUCUAAAACAAAUGAUCAAAAAACAGAUAAGUUUGAAAGAUUGAAUACUGACUUUGUAUGCUGGAGAGGUCUGCUUACAAAACUAGCAUGCAUUCCUUAUGAAAAUAAAGAAGACAUUCUUUUGGCUGUGAUCAAUUUUAGAGGAACAUACUACAUGUGUGAAUAUCAUACAGAAUCCAAAGUUGAACAAAUAAAAAAUGAGACACCAAGACAGAAAGAAAUGUGUGCCUGGGGUUUUAAAUUUGAGCAAUACAUGACAGCAGAUAGAAAUUUGGGAGUUCCAGUUACAAAUGUGCCAGUCAACACAAAUGUUGAAUUUGGAAGUGUGGCCUGCACUCGACUUGGCAAUCAUUCUUUAUUAUUUGGUGCAGAAGUUGAUUGUGAAGACCUAGGCAGUACAGACAGCAAUAAGUAUGUGGAGUUGAAGACAUGUCGUAUUACGGAAUCUCAGAGACAAUAUGAAAACUUUUGCAAGUAUAAACUCAUCAAGUGGUGGGUACAGAGUUUUCUUAUUGGUGUACGCCACAUUAUCUGUGGUUUUCGUGACGAUAGAGGCCUGGUUCAAUAUUUAGAAGACUUUAGUGUCUCUAAGAUUCCAUCUAUUGUUCAGGAAACAUUGCAACAACCCUGGAGACCAAAUGUCUGUUUCAACUUUUUAAAAGCCUUUUUGGAUUUUAUAAAGGCAAACAUUGCAGAUGACAGCAGGAAUGUCUAUGUAUUCAGAUGGCAGCCAGGAUCACCAGUGACAGUAGAAAAAAGAAAAGACCAGAACUUUAAUUUUCUCCCCAACUGGUACAGAAAGUGGAGUGCAUGGGAUAAUUGAUCUGGAGAAUCAACAGUGAUAGAUUCAGGCUGCUUAAGGGGAUGCCAACAUGAUCUGCAAGAGGAAACAUGCCUCACUAAACACUGGCAAUGGAAUGGCAUCAGUUCAUCAAUGCCUGGAACUGUUCAAAAACCUUGACUAGAUUUUCAUUGUAAUUGUUAAUCUGAGGAGA